AUGAAUAGUACUGCGUCAACCACUCAUGUGGGAUCCUCACCGGCUGGACCUCCUCCUCCUCAACCUUCCACUGUGACCGCUGCAGGAGUGGUCGACCUCACAACAGAGCUUCAUCGUCUACCACAACUCGAAGCGUGCACCACAAUAGCAGAAACUCGAAGUCUCGAAUUUGCACUUUAUUUCGAUCUUUCGCAAUGUGGCAUCCAGCUUCCGCUCCCGAACUAUACGCGAUUUCAUCUUAAAUUCCCCUCGACCCUCGUGCGACGGCCCAAAUUCCAAUUCUCACAGCUAGCACAGACGCUAGACCACAAUACCCAGGAAAAGCUAGCAUCAGAGGUCGAAAAACACUCAAUUUUUGUGUUUUACGAUGAAGGGAGCACUCUUCAAAACUGCUCGCUUAACACAUCAAAUAUCCUAAGCAAAAUCAUCCCCUACUUGAUACAGUUAAAAGGGCAAAAUUGCGGCAUCAAACUGCUUUUUCUGCAAGGAGACAAAACCAGCUUACAGGAGAAAUCACUCAGCCAUCAACAAUUACCAUUCGUACGGCCUACUCAUCUGACAAACGCCAGAUCCCCACACAUCCAUAAGAGCGCCUCUAAAAAAGGUCUCAACAAGCAUAACAUCAAUCUGAAAAUUGCAAUUCCCAGCCGGGAUGCACGCAACGAUAAUUCCGACUACAUGUUCAUACAAUCUUUCAAAAAAGAUUCCAUCCAUUAUUCCCCAGACAGUCUCAAAAAGUACUUUGACUUCCACAUGCCUGAUCUAAUAGAGCGCGACGAUGAUGUUUUACCAACAUGGCUGAAAAAGUACUCAGAAGACUCCGAAAAAAAUCUGUUGAUGAUUUUGAAGUCCUUUGAAUGCCUUGAAAAGCUUGAAGUUAAAAGAUUGGAAAGAUGCUUGCAGUCAUCGAAGCAAGAUCCAAAUAUGCACGAUUCUGGCCAGACAUUCGAAUCGCAUGGCGCCAACUCCAGCACAAUAGAUCCUACUAGGCGACCAAAACCCCAUAAACUCUAUUCAUUCCGUGAAAUGCAAAAGGAAUACAAACCCAAUAGGCAUGAUUACGAUUCAGACAAUGAUGGAUACCACCAAGCGGAAGAAAUGAAGCUGAAAAUGGACAUCCACGAAGAACUGCAUGACGGGGAGAAUCAAGAAAUACUCUCAAAAUUGAUGAGAAUCAGAGGCAGAGAAAAGAUCAAGGCUCAAGAAUCAGAUUCUAACGGUUCUGCCACCUGUCCGAAGCCCAAAUCGAUUGCUGGACAAGAUGAAGACGAGGACGACGUGGCCGAAACACCAAUGGAUAACUAUUUACUUACCCGCGGCAUACAAGCUUACAGCAAAAACAGGUAUUCCAACAUUCUGCCCUAUGAGCAUUCACGAGUUAAACUGGAACCGUCGCCAAUAUGGCCUGAUAACAAAUGCAGCUCACCCAUGCCAUUUCCGUCCACCCUUUCAAGUCCGCCGCUGUCAAACAAGGCAAUGCGUAAAAGACGCAACUCAUAUUUUUCUCAGGAACGUUCCAAACCAGAAAAGGCUUUAGAUCAAUCAAGUGACCAAACUUUGGACAAUGCAAGACCUCCCCUUCGUGCCUCUGCAUCAUUCGACUCCAAGCGAAUUACAAGUAAGGCUACAUGUGGACCAGAAAAUGACCAAUUCAAUGAUUAUUUCAAUGCCAACUACCUCAAGAUUCCUCAAAUAAACCCUGAUUUCAAUUAUAUUGCCACUCAAGCCCCCUUACCAUCUACUUUGGAUGAUUUCUGGAAAGUCGUUCUCACUAACGAUGUCAAGGUCAUCUUGUCAUUGAAUUCAGAUGAUGAAUUGAACAUGCGGAAGUGGGACAUCUAUUGGAAUUCCAGUGCAUUGGAAAAAUAUGACGUUCGCGUUAAAGAUACGUAUGAAAACGUAUGUGGGGUAAAGGGCUGCAUAUUGAGGGUAUUCGACGUGAGGCGGCUAGACUCUAAUCGCAAAAGCACGCAGAAAAGUCACGUCAAUGGAAAGGGAACCAAUAUUCGAAAUUUCAAAUGUGACAAAGAGAACGUCCCAGAAUCGAAAGGUGAUUCCGAUUUCGAGAAAUCGGUCCAUACAGUGUGUCAGCUUCAGUACACAAAGUGGCUCGACUCCUGUGGUAUUGUCUUGGAAGAUGUUCUUAAGUUGCAUAGAAUAAAGAAUCUUCUUCUCAAUAGUCCUAUGGCCUUCAUCGAAAAUAUUAGAAAGGGCCAAAUGUAUGACAGUAUCAUGAGAACAAAAGAGUUGCCGGUUGAGACAACAAACACGCUAGAAACAAUGGCCGAGGUAAGUUCACCACUGUUAGUUCAUUGUUCCGCUGGAUGCGGACGCACUGGCGUCUUCAUUACCUUGGACUACCUGUUCAAUAUUCUGGAACACCCAACUGAUAGUUCGAAUAGAAUAGAUGUCUGGAACACCUCCCAGGAUCUCGUGUUCAUAAUUGUCAAUGAGUUGAGAAAGCACAGAAUUUCUAUGGUUCAAAAUUUGACACAAUACAUUACGUGUUACGAGGCGAUAUUGAAGUACUUUGAGUUACGCAAAAUUAAAGGAAAAGAGGCGCGUGUCCAUUGA